AUGGCUGCAAGAUUCCUCGACAUGGCUUUGGAUGACGUUGCCAAAUCCCGUGCUGGCAACAACAGGAGCCCCGCCAGCAGACGUGGUGGCCUCCGCGGUGCUGGUGGUCCAGGUGGCGCUGGCACUGGCUCUGGACGGGAUAGCCCCAACCGCUCUAACCGCUCUUCUCCCUACAAUCGCAACAAUGCAGCCAACACGGCUGAGGAUCGCUGGACUCACGACAAGUUUGACGAGUCGAACCAGAGGGCUGCAGGAGGACGCGGAGGACAGAACAACAACAACAACAACAACAGAGGAGGAACAGCAGCAGGAGGAAACAGGGUUAUUGUCGAGAACUUGCACUAUGCUGUUACCUUGGAGGACAUCAAGGAACUUUUCACCACUCACGCUGGUCCCGUCAAGUUCGCUGAGGUCAAGUACGAUCUUUCAGGACGAUCCACCGGUGUUGCCACCAUCACUUUCAAUGAGUCAAAGGACGCUGCUUCUGCUAUCGAGAAGCUCCAUGGAAUUGCUCUGGAUGGUCAACCCAUGAAGAUUAAGUUUGCCCCUGCUCCUGCCUCGAACAGCCGCCCUCAAGAUAGACGCGCUGCUCCUUCCAAAGAUACAGGAAAGAGAGAUGUCUUUUCCCGUCUUGGAUCAAGUGAAGCUGAUAUUGCUGCUAGGUUGGGCAAGUUGAACCCUCUUCCCAAGACCGCAGGAGCUACAGGAGGACGUCAGGGAGCUUCUAACCAGACGACCAACAAUGGCGGACGGAACAGCAGCAACAAGAACAACAGCAGCAACAACAGCAGGCAACAACAGUCGUCCAAGCCCCGGGAGAACAAGAAGCCUCAUAUCAAGACUGCAGAGGAGCUUGACGCCGAGAUGGAUACAUACAUGGGCGAUGGAACCACUGAAAUGUAA